AUGGCAAAGUCACGAAAAGAAGCAGAGAGCGAAGUCCGGUCCUGGGGGUUCGACCAUGUAUUUACAUGGACCGAUAGUCCCAAUGCCCACUACUCGCCACACAAGCAUAGCGGAAAGACAACACACCUCGUUCUCAACGGCUUCAUAACGUACACAUACCCAGACGACCCUGAUGCGAAAAAGGAAACAAUAGGUCCUGGCGCGAGAUGGGACGUGGACGCGAAGAAGGUACAUGAAGUAUGGGUAGGAGAUGAGGGAUGUACAUAUGUCAUUGGCGAAUGA